AUGCAAUUGACCGAGAAGAAGCCAGUUCCAACUGGUUCUAGUAGAAAGUACGGCUUCAUAGUGACACUGCUUGGUAUUCUUGUGCUUAUCACACUCUCUUUAUAUAAGGGUGGCAGCGGAACCUUUAACAGUAUUAUUCUCCUGACAGUCCCCAAGCAACCCGAUAGCUUGUGUCCAUUGGUUAAAAAGAUCAACCCUAUCCCAAUUCUUAGUUCCAAUGGAUCCCUGGACACUCUCAAUGACAUCCUUCAUUCCAAGGAGUACCGGAACAAGUCAUUGAGCAAAUUCCAAGGAGCUCUUCGGAUUCCAACGCAAAUCUUUGAUGAAAUGGCUUGGACUCUGGAUAAAUCUGACGAUGAAGUAACUUGGAAAGACCUUUUUGAAUCCGAUGAACGGUGGCAAGUGUUUCAAGAGUUUCAUCAAUACCUUAAGAAGACAUUCCCUUUGGUUCAUGAACAUUUGAAGUUAGAAACUCCCAACAAAUUGGCUUUGGUCUAUACUUGGAAGGGAUCUGACACGUCCCUUAAGCCAAUCCUUCUUACAGCCCAUCAAGACGUUGUACCUGUUCCUCCUGAGACUGAAGCCAAAUGGCAUCACCCUGCGUUCGAUGCAUUCUAUGACGAGGAGACAGGCUAUGUUACGGCAAGAGGAGUAAGCGACUGCAAAAACCUUUUGAUUGGACUCUUGGAAGCAGUAGAAACUCUUUUGGAAGAAGGUACAUUCCAACCAAAACGUACUAUCAUCUUAGGGUUUGGUUACGAUGAAGAAUCAAGAGGUGAAGGUGCUUUACAUAUCCAUGAUCAUUUGAUCCAAGUUUACGGUGAGGACUCUAUCCUUAUGAUUGUUGAUGAGGGCAACGAUGGUUACUUUGUUGAGCAAGGAUUAAACAUCAUUGCCCCAUCUGUGGGGGAAAAGGGGUAUUUGGACCUGUCUAUCCAAUUGAAUACUCCUGGAGGUCAUUCAAGUAUUCCUCCUGCUCAUACUGGUAUUGGGUUGAUGUCGUUGUUGGUAGCACAGAUUGAGCAUGCACCUUUCAAACCUCAAUUGAGUGGUGCCAACCCUACAUUGAACCAAUUGUAUUGUCUUGCCGAACAUUCCCCCACCAUUGGAAAGAGUCUUAAAUCAGACAUUUUAAAGAGUCACUUUGAUCCCGGUGCUAAUGGAAGAAUCAUUGAUUACAUUAGUCAAUCCCAUGUAAUGUCGUACCUUCUUAAAACAUCCCAAGCGGCGGAUAUAGUGCGGGGCGGACUUAAGGUCAAUGCCUUACCUGAAGUAGUUGAACUCUUGGUCAAUCAUCGUAUAGCGGUUGAAGACUCUGUGGCUUCCACUAGAGAUAAAAUCGUUAAAGAUAUUUUGGUAAUUGCCAGAGAAUUCGACUUGGGGGUUGUGGUUGAUGGAGAGGAGAUACGUGAAACAUCCAUUCAUGGGUACUUCAACUAUACUUCACAGUCUACGCUUGAACCAGCUCCAGUCACGCCCACUUCAGGACCAGUCUGGGAACUCUUUGGAGGCUCUUUGCUUUAUCUUUAUGAAGAUCUCUUGAAAGUUGACAAUGGCAACCAAUUUGUGUUUGCUCCAGCUCUCUCUAUUGGGAACACGGAUACUAAACGGUAUUGGGAUCUCACUAAACAUAUCUAUAGAUAUCAACCAGCUGUGCCUCAAAAAAAUAGUCAGAUUCAUGCUAUUGAUGAACAACUUUUAUUUGAUUCACAUUUGACUGUGGUUGCUUUUUACUACUACUUUUUACAAGUAGCAGAUUCAUUUAGAGAAGCGUUGUGA